UGGCCACCUCUUCCGGCCCCUUGCAUGGUAACAGAGAACACCCUCUGGAUUUCCCAAAAUGCCUGCUUCCUAUAAGAGAUCUUCCGCGCGGGGGGGGGGGGACUGCUGCACUACAAACCUUGCUCCCAAGCCUAGGUUGUCACAGGGGACUAAAACACCGUGUCCUGCUUCGGAUGUGGAGACAAAACAGGUUGAAGAAAGGAUGGAAAUGUUGCUCAUUGCAGGUCAGAAUCCUCUUGGAUCAUUAGGCCAGCCGGAGUGCCUCGGAAGAUGUGUUCUAGGAGGAGCACAUGGAAGCCAGCGGAUGGAUGAAUGAUCCCCCCCCCGCCCGCUGGUUUCCGUUUCUUGCUGUUGGCCUGCCGUGAGGGAGACAAAAGGCAUCCUAUUAAGGAGGGACCACUGUUUGCUUUUAAGCCACUUUAAGGCCACUGCCCUCAGCGCUGGGGUGACUGACCUGCGGGACCCCAUCCUCAGUACAGAAGGAGUAGGCAGGCGCAGUGUUCCUUUAUAGUCCAGUACAUUAAGGUUGAUUCGGUCAUGGGACGUCUGCCUGAACUAGGCCACGUUUGUGGGGAAGAGCCCAUGAUCUGGACAAGAGAACAGCUUCUCCUCUUAGGAAUCUUGAGGCCUUGAGUCUCCAGAGUUGCUGCUGCUGUUUGGGGUCCAUCCCUCCAGUAUUUUUUUUAAUGGUCUUAACUCAUUUUUUGGUGUUCUCAGUGUGAUGUAGUAGCGGAUAGAGUGACGGACUAAGACUUUGGAGAACAAGUCUUCAGUCCAGUGAAGCAAGGAGUUCAACAGUUCUAGGAUGCAAAACUCGUAUCUUGUAAAGAGUGACGAUGGCAGAGCUUUUUAUGGAAUGUGAAGAGGAAGAGCUUGAGCUGUGGCAGCAGAAAUCAAAACCGAUCGUAGUGGAUGACGACGACGACGAUGACGAGCCCAUCUUUGUCGGGGAGAUCCUGAGCUCCAAACCAACCAGUACCUAUAUAUUGAACAGAGUCAACCCCAGUUCGUCACGUGUCGGAUUGCAGAACGGAGCCCCAAAGAGAGGUGCCGUGCCUGUCUCUCCAGGGUUCCAGUUGACCACCAGACCUGCAACCAGCACUCUGGCCGUUCAGCCGCAGCCCAGGGUCAGCAGCGUUUCGGGAACUGCCCAGGUCCUGCAGAGACCCCUGUCAGGAUGCCCCUCGCCUCAGGAGGCAGCCAAAUCAAGCGCUGGCCUGUCUCAGCCAGUGGGCAGACCUGCCAUGGCACCGUCUCUCUCCCGGAACCUCAGCAUCCCUGUCCAGGCUCAGUCGACAUCUAGGCCAGUGGCUACCGUCACGGCACAGCCAGUAACGUUCAACCGGGGUACACCAAGUAACACCUCAGGCGUAACCUUCGGAUCAAGGCAGAAUUCGGGAGGACCUCAAUGCCAAAGCGGACCGGCUGUGAAUACAACAAGUUUGCCCAAGCGGCCUUCGACUUCGGAAGCCAACAGUGUCAGUCCCAAGAAGGCGAAGGCUAGCGAAACGGGAUCCGGGAGUGAGUCGCCUGGAUUGCUUCUGGCUCAAUCUUCCAGUGACCCCUCCUUGCUUCAGAAAGGCACCACAUCAAGCAGCAUUAAAAAUGGAGCACCUUUCCCGCAAGCGUGUCCAAAAUGUAAUAUUCAUUUCAAUCUUCUGGAGCCAUUAAAAAACCACAUAAAGUACUGCUGCCCAGACAUGGUGCCUGCCUUUCGGGGUGGAACCCAGAUGGACUGUUCGGGGACACCAGCAAAAAUGGCUGAAGCAGAAUCAGGGAAGCUGAUCAUGCUGGUUAACGACUUCUAUUACAGCAAGCACAAGGGGAACGUCCAGCUGGUCCGCCAGGAGCAGAAGACUCACACCACCUACAAAUGUGCCAGCUGUAUGAAGCUCCUCAAGAGCAACCUCAGGUUUAUGAACCACAUGAAGCAUCACCUAGAGCUGGAGAAACAGAACAGUGAGAGCUGGGAAAGCCACACCACCUGCCAGCACUGUUACCGGCAGUUCCCGACCCCCUUCCAGCUCCAGUGCCACAUCGAGAGCACCCACACUCCGCACGAGUCCUCAACCAUAUGCAAAAUAUGUGAACUGUCAUUUGAAACGGAGCAGGUUCUUCUGCAGCACAUGAAGGACAACCACAAGCCUGGGGAGAUGCCUUACGUCUGCCAGGUGUGCAGUUACAGAUCGUCAGCGUUUUCAGAUGUGGAGAAACACUUCAGAGCAGUUCACGAAAACACGAAAAACUUGCUCUGCCCCUUUUGCCUUAAAGUUAUUAAAAUUGGGGCACCCUACAUGCACCAUUUCAUGAGACAUCAGAAAAAAGGAGUGCAUCGGUGUACCAAAUGUAGACUCCAGUUCUUGACAUGCAAAGAAAAAAUGGAUCAUAAAUCUCAGCACCAUCGGACUUUUAAGAAACCUCCUCAGUUGGAAGGGUUGCCUCUGGGAACCAAAGUGACCAUCCGGGCGUCCGUAGGGUCCCUUCCUCCUACAGCCACGGCAGCGCCGGCCGUGUAUGCAAACGCCUCCGCCUUCCCGCUGUCCCCUGUGGCCAAAACGCCAAGCACCAAGAGUUUCUACAAAGGAAGCGCAAACAAAGCCAAGUCAAAAUUGAAGCCGCUGAGCCUUCAGAAGAAGCAGAGCGUCGGGAGCAGCAGCAGCGGCAGCAGCAGCAGCAGCAGCAGCGGGAGCAGCAACAAGAACAACAAAAUUGCAAAUGCAGCAUUAAAUAACCUUCGGUGCCCUGAUAUUCAGAAGUGCAUCGAGUGUUACUCCGAUAUCAGGACGUUUGCGAGCCACUUCCCCGCCUACGUCCGCUGCAGCUUAUGCAGAUACAGCACCAGCUGCAGCAAAGCCUAUGUGAAUCAUAUGAUGAGUUUCCAUAGCGCACGUCAGACUAAAAGAUUUUGGAUUUACAAGACUCAUUCAGAUAACUUGAGGGGGACCACAGUGGUUUGUCUUAACUGCGACUUCCUAACCGACGCCUCUGGCGUGGAUAAGAUGGCUGCCCACUUGAAUGACAAUGACACUCAUACCUGCCAGAUUGUUGCGGAAAACGUUCCCUUGGACUCCCGUGCUGUCGCUGCUGCGGCCCUUCCUGACCAAUCCAGCGGUGUGUUGUUGAAUAAUGAAAGUGAUGGAAAAUCCCAGAAAUGUUCACGGCGCAGCACUCCCGGAGAGCAGGAAGGGGCCUCCGUCUCCAAAAGCGCUCGGAUAGACAAUGGGGUAGAAGCGGAAAACCAGGAUCCUUUGGGGAAGCCGAGUGAUGAGGCUGCUUGGCUUCUUGAAAGUGCAGAACCUAAAUCGCCCCUGGAAGGAAACAGUUUUGCACCAGGGCCUCCGGUUUGUGCCACAGACGCUGCCGAGCCUGUGGAAGAAGAGGCGAGAGGGGCCCUUGGGGUUCCCCCCAGCGAAGGGGCUUCCAUUUCGAAGGGGGAAGAAGAGCUGUCGCCAGUCUCUGAGGAGGUCUCCGGCCCAGGGCCCCAGGGCUGCUCUCAAGGCAGGGGUGCGGAAGAAGGAGGUGCUGCCGGCCUUGGGAAUAAAACCGAGCGUGGCCUGAUAGCAGCGGAAGGGGAAGAAAACGCCGCUCUACCCAUGGAGGAAGAUUCCUCUCCGGUGGAGGCCCAUCCCUGCUCAGAAGGCUCUGCAGGAGAGGCCCGUGCCGAAGACACAGCAAGUCAAAGAAAGGAGUGGGAAGAAAAGAUUUCUCCUUCAGGCCUGGCAGGCGCCUCUCGUUCAGGACCCUCUGCCCACUCAGAGGACCCUGUAGGUGCCACCAAAGAAGGCAGUGUGGGUUAUCUGGCGGAUCAGGAACAGGGGGGUCUCGCAGCGGAGUGUGAAGGAAAUGCCCCCCUUUCGGUUCUGGGAGACACCUCCAGUCCAGGACCCUCUGGUGGCUCAGAGGAUAAAGUGGACGGUGGCCAAGAUGAUGCUGCCGGCCGCCUUAUAGCUCCAGGCGGUGACGGUCUGGCGACUGAGUGCAUAGAAAGGACUCCCCCUUCAGCUCCGGAAAGAAGCGCCUCCGGGACCCCCGCAGACCCAGCCGAAAGCGACGGCGAGGUGGACAGCCUGGCCAGCCGAGGGGAGGCUUUCCCCGCUGCUGAGGGUGGAGAAGAACCCUUGCCGCCUUCCGCUCCAGAAACGCCCUCCCUUCGGGUUUCUUCCCCUUGCGCAGCCGUCCCUGCAGAUGCUGCCAGAGAAGGAGAUGGGGGUGCCCUGGAAAGCGAGGCGGAGGAAGCUUCUCUGGCUGCCGAGGGUGGAGAAGCGUCCCCUGCCUCAAGCCCAGAGGAGCCCUCCCUUGCAGGAGCCCAGGGCUGUCCAGAUGACCCUUCGGAAGAAACAACACGGGGCCAGCUUGGAAAUAAUGGAACCCAGGCGUGUGAAGGAAGCCCCCCCGCACCCUCUGUAGAGGAUGGCCCCAGGCCGGGGCUUCAGGCGGGUCCGGCUGGGAGCCCGAGCCGUGAGAAGGCAGCCCUGGAGGGGGAUCCUGCUGGAGGUGAUGGGGAAGCCUCCUGCCAAACUUCGGAGGAGGCUGCUUCGGAGGUCCAGGCCGGGAAGUCUCCUUCAGAGGAAGGAGAGCUGGUGGACGUGAAGUUGGUCAACACAGACCCGACCUCUGAUGAAGAUGUCAGCUUUGAGCAGUUUCUGAGCAGGAACGGGGAAUCGGUCUCGGCAAACUCCGACACGAGCGAGCAAGGCAGCGUCCAUCUGGAGCCCCUGACCCCCUCGGAGGUGCUGGAGCACGAAGCGACGGAGAUUCUUCAGAAAGGGGCCGCGGCGGCCGUAGGGACCGGGGCGGAGGCCGAACAGACCGAAGGAGCUUCCUCCAGAGAAGGCAGCCCUGUCCCGGAUGCGGCUUCGGGAGGGACGGCAGAAGGAGGAGGCAGCGAUGAAGCGAGCUGAAGGCAGCCACCCUGGCAGGGGGCUAAGCUGUGGCUGAUGGUCCCCCACCUCCACCCCGGUGGACUUGGUCCGGGACGAGUCAGAUCCACGGGUCAUCCGGGAGCCAAGAGCCGCCAGCCGUGAGCCUGCCGGCCGUCUCACCUGCCAGGCCCAAAGGAGGAAGAGCUGCUACAAACGUUAUUCUGAAUAAGAUCCAUUUAGGAAUCACUUUGAUUUUAGUACUUGAGUGGCUGUGCUCUGUCAGGAGCAUGUCUCUCCUCCCCCCCAUCCCCAACCCCACACCCCAUGUCCCUUGGGAAAAUGUGAAACCUUGUUUGCAUGUUGCGUCUCUGUCGCAAUCAUCAAACCAUGUGGAGAGGACUUUCCGAAGCUCUGGCACCUCUGGAUUGGUGUGAUCUUACAAGAUAAUAAGCUAACUUUAAACUUUCAGUGAAAGUGAUUUUUUAAAAAAAGUUUAAAUCUAUUGGGGGGCUUUCCCAGGGUGCAGUCUGGGUGGAAUCCUGACACACUGCUUGUAGGAGAGCGGGCCCGCGAGGGCUUGUGUCUUUUUGAGAUUGUUACAGUUUUUAUUUACCUCUAUUGGCAGCAGGACCUGAAGCCUCAGAACCAGCUGGAAGGAACCCAGAACCGGAACUGGGAAGGUGCAAAUGGUUAGCAAAGCAAGGCAAAAACCAGACUAGGAAGCGUUGAAGUCAGGUAUUGACAUGUUUGUAGUCUGAAUUUAUGGGAAUCAAACAGAAAGGAAGUUGGGUGGGUGGGGGCUGGCAUGAAAGUUCAUUUUCCAACGUAGACAGACAGGUAAGGAAGUUACAUACCGUGAUUUAAUAGUAGUAGUUUGCUUUUUAAGUAUUAACAAGCGUAAUUCAAAUCCUGUACCUGAAUCUUUUAGAAAAGUGAUAUUGAGGUUUGUUUUUAUUGAACUUAAAUGUUUUGGACUUCUGUUAAGACACUGAUGUACAUAUUUUGGAGUAAAUAUUUGCAAGAAAAUAC